AAAAACAUCAUCAUCACGCCGUUUAUUUCUUUGCUCCUUUUUGUCAAGCGGAAUAUAAUCAACGAUGUUCGCUCCAGGCCAGGAAUCCAAGGAAGACAUUAAGGCUGGUGAGGCCCAGGCCAACCAGACCGUCCGCAUGGCCGUUACCGGCGGAGUUCUCCUUUACCUCUCUCCUUUUGCCAUCGACUUCAUCAAGAAGUUCCUCUAACUUUACUGCUCCUACCUGCCAACUACACCUACGAGCGAGAACGGGCUGAAGGCACUAAGCAUUCCGGCCCUAACGGUCUGGAGCCUGGCCUCCGGGAGUGAUGUAUUAUUAUUGUACAUUGGUUUAGUUUCUUUUAUAGUGAUAUGAUAUGUGGAAAUUACCCAGUAGAAUGACAGUCAAAUGACAU